AUGGAGGCAGGCAAUUUACAAAUAUACUGGCACGAGUCGCAGCCGAUCUACAGUUUGUGCUUCCAGAAACACACGAAGGCUAAGAAACUGAUCACCGCUGGUGGUGACAAUAAGAUCAGGGUGUGGAAUCUAAAUAUGAACGCGGAUGGCACUAGAGUAGAGACUAUCGAUUUUCUAACGUCUUUGAACCAGCACGAACAGGCUAUCAAUGCGGUCAGGUUUAACCCAGCAGGUGAUGUCCUGGCCUCUGCGGGCGAUGAUGGUCAAUUACUGCUAUGGACACAGAGUGACAGCAGCAACAAAGACACUUCCAUAAAUACCAACAUCCAGAGCUUGGACGCUAAGAAUGACGGGGCCAAUGGCAAUGAGAGCUGGUUUAUUUACAAGAGGCUCAAUUCUCAGACAGCCAUGUCCUCAGAAAUUUACGAUAUUGCGUGGUCGCCAGAUGGAAACUAUAUAAUCACGGGGUCAAUGGACAAUUCAUUGCGUGUUUUCGAUGUGAAUAAAAGCCAGCAGAUUAUCCUCGUGAAUGAUAAUAGCCACUACGUGCAAGGUGUCACCUGGGAUCCUCAGAAUAAGUUUGUAUUCGUUCAAUCCGCAGACCGAUCUCUUUCUGUUUAUGAAUUAAUCUUUGACAAAAAUGAAACAAAUAAAUUAGUGAAUUUGAAAUUGAAAAAUAAAAUAUGGAAAUGUGAUCUGCCAAAACAUACUAUCGAUGAAGCCACGAAGAAAGAAAAGUUAGAUUUCGACUCCACUAGAUCUUCCUAUUUAUUUCACAAUGAAACUUUACCAUCUUUUUUUAGAAGAUUAGAUAUCUCUCCAUGCGGUAAUCUUAUUGGUGUGCCGGCUGGGGUCUUUAGAUCAGCAAAUGCAGAGACAAAUAGUACAGCAAAUAACAACAACCAGGAGUUAUCCAAUGCAGUAUACAUAUAUUCCAGAGGCUAUUUAAGCAAAAACAGUAACAAGCCAAUAUUGCGCAUACCGUUUUUGAAAAAACCAGCAAUAGUAGUUUCUUUUAAUCCAAAUUUAUACAAAUUAGUAGACCCUUCUAAUGCACCUAUCAAAUUGCAAUACAAGUUGAUUUAUGCAAUUGCUACAACUAAUGAAGUUUUAAUUUAUGAUACAGAAUCGUCUAAACCAAUAGCAGUCAUUGGUAAUUUACAUUACACACCUUUAACAGACUUGGCAUGGUCUGAGGAUGGUAAUUUAUUAAUGGUUUCAUCUACUGACGGGUUUGUUUCCUAUGUUUCCACAAAGAAUAAUAUACUGGGCGAAAAGUUAUCAAAGGAAGAACGAGAAACUAUUUGUAAAUUGGAUGUUAUAAUUCCUGAAAGUGGUAGCAAAGAUGCAUCAUUACUGAAGAAAGAAGAAUCAAAACCUAUUGUAAACAUUUUAACUGUGAAGACUAAGGAAGUCAAGCCAAAUGAAGUAAAUAGAAAAAAAUUAAAGACAGCAAACUUACCUAACACAGACUUUUCAAAAAAUAUUCAGAUUCCACUUUUUCCAAUAAAUAACAGAGAAAAUGAUAAUAAAAAAACAUACUAUCUAAAGAAAAGAAGAGGAUACAACCUAUAUUACUACAAAGUGAACACAAUAUCAAUCUGUUAUCUGAAAAAGCCUCUCGAGAAUCAACAAAUAAGUUACAAUUUAUUCAAUCACCACAACUUCCUGAAGAGAAAAUAG